AUGUCGAUCGACAGGCGGUCCAAUCAUCUGGACGCCUCUGAAACCACUCCCCUCCUGGUUCAGCCCGACGACUACGAUGUGGAAACAGCCUCUUCCCAUAAAGUUGAUGAAGAGCCUUUUCCCGUCUUGUCCAGUGCCAGCUCUUUAUCCGGAGGGCUUGAGGUAACUCCAGCUCUAGAAAGACAUGCUUCAAACUCUCUGGAGGAUGUCCCAAAGGCAGAAGACUAUGCAGCGCGGUUCAAUGAUGUGACACCCACUCAAUUCUGGGUCAUAUUCAGUGGAAUCUUGGCUGGCUAUAUGAUCGGCUUCUUUGACUCGACUCUCAUGGCUUCCAGUCACCCGGUCAUCACCUCAUACUUCAACGCAGCAAACUCGGCAUCAUGGUUGUCAACCGCCUUCUUGUUGACCUCGACCGCAUUUAUGCCUCUAUUCGGCCGUGUUUCCGACGCCUUCGGUCGUAAACCGGUCUAUCUCUUCUCGAUCGCAAUGUUCUUUUUCACGACGGCCGCAUGCGGUUUGGCUCGGAAUAUCGGCGACUUCAUUGCUGCUCGGGCGCUGUGCGGACUUGGUGCAGGAGGUGUGUUCUCCAUCGGUCAGAUCAUUUCCAGUGACUUGGUGCGGCUUGAAUAUCGUGGAAUCUACCAAUCUUAUAUCAAUCUUUGUCUUGGUGCUGGGGGUAGCAUUGGACUUGCCUUUGGGGGCUAUUUAUGCGAUCACAUUGGUUGGCGGGGAGCGUUCUUCAUCCAGCUGCCUCUCAUAUUUGUCUACUUCUUUGCAGCUGCAUGGACGGUUCCAGCCAAUCUAGGUCGAAAGACUGUUGGAACAGAGCACAUGAAAAUCUCACAGUUGAUCCGAAGCAUCGAUAUCACGGGAUCCUUCAUUCUGAUUACUUCUGUCACCCUUCUGAUCCUAGGAUUGAAUUUGGGAGGAAAUGUUCUCCCCUGGAGCCAUCCACUGAUUUUCACCUCCCUGUCAGUAUCCUUUGUCUUGGCUGUGAUAUUUGUGCGUUAUGAGCCACGCGUUGAACGCCCCGUGAUGCCGAUUGAGCUUCUUACAACGGACCCCCGAGCCAGUAUAAUCUUUGGCAGCUUCUUUGCUGCGGUGUCUAUCAACACCGUGGUUUUCAACGCUCCACUGUAUUUCCAGGCCGUCAAACUGACUUCGCCCACCACCUCUGGUCUACGGCUUGUUGCCUCCUCUAUCGCUAUCACGUUUUCCAGUGUAAGCACCGGAUUUUUGAUCAACUCUACCAGACGCCUUCAGCCAUUCGUUCUCAUUGGUGUAUGCAGCAUGAUAUUAGGUGGAUUUGCUGCAGCAUCGAUGGGCAUGGACACCUCCCACCCCGUUGCAAUGAUAUGCAUCUCGUUCUCAAGCUUCGGUCAAGGUUUUGCAUUCCCAAGUCUGAUGGUCUCUAUGCUGGCGACCAGUAAACAAGAAGACCAAGCUGUUGCAACAACCACGCUUGGUUUGUGGCGCAGCCUGGGCUCUGUCAUGGGUGUUGCUGUGAGUAGCUGGAUCUUCCAAAACGCUCUCAUUUAUCAUCUCAACCAGAAGGUCACUGGCGUUGAGAAAGACCAUAUCAUUGCCCUUGUCCGCAAAUCCGUUCAUAGUAUCUCCCAGCUAGAUCCUGUGCAUCGGUUAGAAGGUAUGUUACGUCCUUCAGCUCCUCACACUUCGAUGUCCAACCUUGCUAACAGAUCUUUAGUAACCCGCUCAUACUCCGAUGCUCUCCGAAUGACAUUCUUCUCGGCAGCGAUCUGGGCAAUCCUCGUAUUGUUCCUCAUGUGUCGCAUCCGUUUGCCACGCUUGAGAAGAAAGGCAUAA